AUGGCGAGCCAGGAUGUCGUUGUGGCCGGAGGGGAGAGAGAAGGAGCUGAGAUCGUGUACGGUGCGGAGGAGUGUUACAAGCAAUCGGUGGAGCUUCUAGAGGAGCUAGGGUUUCCAAAAGGAGUGAUGCCUUUGAAGGAUCUCGUGGAGUGUGGAAGGGUUAGAGCCACGGGUUUCGUGUGGAUGAAGCAAAACACUCCUUACGAACAUUUCUUCGAAGCCACCAACACUCGCGUCUCCUACGGUCUCGAGGUCACCGCCUAUGUCGAGAAGUGUUGUAUGAAGAAGAUGACAGGAGUGAAGAGUAAGCAGAUGUUUUUGUGGGUACCGAUUUCGGAGAUGAGCAUGGAGGAACCAAAAAGCAAGAAGAUUUACUUCAAGACUCCUAUGGGACUUGGAAAGGCUUUUCCGGUUACCGCAUUCAUGGACGAGGAAGAGAAACGCAACUAUUACUUGGAGAAUCCCAAAAAUUAA